AUGUCACCAGGAGGUGCAUACCGAAACCAAAUUGACUACGUGUUAAUUGACACCAGAUGGCGCUCAUCCAUUACUAAUGCCAAGACACUACCCGGAGCGGACUGCGGAAGCGAUCAUCAGUUGCUGGUUGCGGAGUUUAAAGCCCGGCUCAAAGUCGUCUAUAAAGCCAGUAACAACAAAACACUGCACAUGCACGCUGAUGCAAUAUCGCAGUUUAGGCAGGACAUGCACACUAGGCUUUUGGGAAUGGAGACGGAUUUAACAGAAUCAGCCAAUGAUAUAACCUUAAAAAAGAAUGGUCUAAGCACUGAAGAUGAUAGAAGGCACUACCGCGAGCUGCACAGAACUGUCCAAAGACUCUGCCGUAAGGACAAGGAUGCGGAAGAAGUGGACAGAGUGUGUCAAAAGAUCGAGGAGUCAUCCAACAGGGCACACACAAAAGACAUGUUCUGUAAAGUCAAGUCACUGACAAAGGACAUUAAGAUCAAGAGCUGGACAUUGGAGGAUGAUACGGGAGCUAUCAUCACAGAUCGAUACAAGGUGCUAGAACGAUGGAGGGAAUACUGCCGAGGUCUGUACGCGGCAACAGAGAAUUCAGAAGAAUUGAGAAUGAGCGAAUGCGGCGUGAGGGAGCCGGACAUUCUUCUUGCGGAGAUAGAAUGGGCCGUGGCAAGACUGAAACACCAAACUAGCGGAGGCGAUAGAGUCAGCCCAAAUGCUCAAGAACCUAGGCCCAGAGGGCACGCACAUGCUCCACUUGAUCUGUCAGAGGGUCUGGAAACAAUAUCACUGUUGUCACAUGCUAGUAAGAUACUCUUGAGCAUAAUUAAGGCAAGACUAGAAAAUUACAUCGACCGGCAUAUCUCAGAAGAACAGGCUGGUUUCGUCAAAGGAAAAGGCACACGCAAACAAAUCCUUAACGUCCGACAGCUGAUUGAGAAGAGCAGAGAAUUUAAUGUGCCAUUACUGAUGUGUUUUAUUGACUAUGCCAAAGCGUUCGACUGCGUCAGCUGGAAGAGAAUGUUCGAGGUGAUGAGAGAGAUGGGAGUUCCUGAAACACUUGAUACUCCUUGUGCAAAACCUGUACCUGGAUGGCACAUGUAG